UGUACUUGACACUUUUAACUCAUUAUAUUUAUGAACAGUCAAAGUUAAGCGGUCACGCGGACUGAAAGUAUUUGGACUGUGUGGGUAGUUUCGAGCCUGAGCGAGUUACUAUAUCGUGUCUCGCUGUCUGUGUAAUAUAAUAGUUUUGUCUGAGCAUCGGGUAGAACCUCUGUUAUUUAAGUCUAAUAAAUAUUCUGUUUAACUAAAUUAUUUUUGAUUUGAUUAUUUUAAUUAAGUAUAGUGAUAACUAAAACCACGUAUUAAUUUAUCAACGAACAAUCUGAGUUGUAGAGACGUCCAUAACAAAUAAUAGUAGGUACCUAAUCCGUCCGCCGAGGAAUAUCUUAUUAUUAUAUAUUUAUACUUAUUGUACUUAAAUAUGUUUAAAAAUCAAAGUGAAUCAAACAAUUUAACGAAUGUUAAAAUUUAUUAUUUACCUAAUCGUUUACAUAUCAACUUGAAAGAAGCAAUAAAAAUACUCAAAAAACCAUUUAUAACGGAAAGUAUUGAAUAUACAUAACUCAAGCCACAAUCAGGUGAGUGGUACAUAUAUAUUGAAUAUAAUGAACCAAAUAAAAUUACAGAUGGAUUUGAAUGGGUAGCAACAGGGACUACUAUGUUACCCAAUAAGAAAAAUCCCAUGUUAAUAGCUGAAUAUUUUAGCUCUGAAAAUAUUUACAUAAGUGUAUUUAAAUUAAUAAAAAAUAAUAAAUAUAAUGCUUCAUUGGUGAAUUAUACGAAUAACCCACUACAACUGGACUCGAUAAACGGUGAAAUUAAAAAGUGCAAAUCAAGCGUCCCCAAAAAAAUGUCUAUUAAAAGCAUAAUGAAAAGACAUUUUGGGAAAAAUAAUAAAAAAGAAAGCGUAUAACCUAACCUAACUCAGAAUAGUGGAAAUUCUGAGGAUAAUAACUGCAAUUUACCAUCUACUUCAACUUCAACACCUGCAGUACAAUUUAUGGCAGUAGCAGAUAGUAAUAUCUCUGAAUAUAACACAAUGUCAAUUGAAGAAAUUUCCAAUUUUAAAUAA